GUGGCUGCUACACUCAACAACCUGGCCGUCCUGUACGGGAAACGAGGGAAAUAUAAAGAGGCCGAACCUUUGUGCAAGAGAGCCCUGGAAAUUCGCGAGAAGGUGCUCGGAAAAUACCACCCGGACGUAGCCAAGCAGUUGAACAACCUGGCUCUCCUUUGCCAAAACCAGGGGAAGUAUGAGGAGGUCCAGUACUAUUACCAGCGGGCCCUAGAGAUCUACGAAUCGCGCCUGGGCGCCGACAAUCCAAACGUAGCCAAGACCAAGAACAACCUGGCCUCCUCUUACAUCAAGCAAGGGAAAUACAAGGAGGCCGAGUCUCUCUACAAGGAGAUCCUGACCCAGGCGCACGAAAGGGAGUUUGGAUCGGUCAACGCCAGGAUGACUCACACAUCCGUGUCCUGCCUGCUCUUCUUUCGCUUAGUCAUUUUCCUGUCUUCGGUGUGCUUGUCCCG